CGGCACCCAAGACCCAGCCCCAGCCCAGCCCAGCCCAGGCCCAGCAUCGUGGUGCAGCUCUCUGUCCUGCUUGACCCCGCUGACCUGACCUCCUGACCGUGUUCCAGGAGCCAUGGCGACCCUGAUCGAGCUCCCAGGGCGGGACAGCGGCGUGGCCAGCAGCGAGGUCACGCCGGAAAGCACGGAGGGCACGCAGGGCCCGGCCGAGCUGACCCUGGCGGCGAGGGUCGAGGCCAGCCCCGACCCCGAGGCCGAGCCCGAGCAGGACGAGGACGAGGACUUGGAUGAGAGUAUCAUUGAGCGCGUCUUGGGCCUGACGGAGAUGUUUCCCGAGAGGCUGCGAACCACCUGCUCGUCCACCCUGUCCAGCUCCCUCAACCUACUCAAAGGCACCUACGAGCUGAGCCGACAGGUGGUGUGGGUGGCGGUGAGCUCCUCUGUCAUCCUCUUCGCGCCUGUCAUGUUUGAACUGGAGAGACUGAACGUGGAGGAGAUGAUGAAGCAGGACAGGAACAGGCUUGUCCUUGGCCCUGGAUCAGCCAUGUCCGGGCCACCCCCCACCCCUGGCCUCAUGCCCCCCCCACCCCCGGCACGCUAAGGCAACCACCAUUACUACCACCACCACUGCUCCUCCUGGUAUGGCCCUCCACUACCACCACUACUACUACGAACAAGACCACUAUUACAGCUCUUCACCACCACCACCACCACCACCACUACCACUACCACAUCCCCCCCUCUACCCCCAAUACACUAAUACAAGUCACAUUCCUCCAAAAUCAAUGGUUAGUGAUGGAAGGUAGUCUGACCAAACUACUAACUUAUCGCCAUCAAGUUAGUAACCUAUCGCCACUCAGACUGACAUAUCGCCCUUAAAUUAAUAACUCAUCGCUGCUAGAUUGAUUACAGGCAUCCGUCGCUAUACGUUUUGGUUACGCUCAUAAAGAGAACAAUUGUAAAGUGAUUGAUCGUAUAGCACAGAGGUCCCCAACUACAGAAAAGGAGGCAGUUGAAGGGCAAAGGACAAUAACAGCAUCAAAAAAUGCUCCUCCAACAUGCGAUAAAAGAGCGAGAAUCCACAAGAGAGGUCAAUUAUUAAGUGGAGAAGUGUCUUGAUAAUUGCAGUCCCCCCCAAAGAGACUCAUUUUGCAUCUACUAACAUGAACACAAAUUUCCGAUAAUGAUGAUUAAAACG